AUUUGUUUAUUGUGCAUUCGCCGCUAUAUCGUGUUUCAUGUAUGAGCUGCAGCUGCACUGAAGUUCCAAGAGUGGACAGUCCUACAGGCCACAAUUUCACUGUCACAUCAGUAGUUUAAGACUGAUGAGAUGGAGAGUGGAAAACCAUUUGUGUUUCCGCUGAUCGCUGUCUGCAUCGUCUGCCUCAUUCCCAGUGUGACUGCCCUGGAGAAUGAUUUCACAUUUGUUGACUUCUUGGCCUUUGUUAUUGGGUUUCUCAUAGCCUUUGUUGGCUUUUGUGCUUGCCUCGGAGCUUAUGCCCGCAGACGUGAUGCUAUUUAGAAAAGCUAGGUGGUGCAUGGCAGCUAUGCUGAAAUCUUAAAUGCAUUAAGGAUUAGCUGAAAGUUUCUGAUGUCUGUAUGAUCGAACCAAGCAUUAUUAUGUGAUAUUGCCUGUCAUCCGUCCAUAAUUGCACUGCUCACAAGAGUUGAGCUCUGAUGUUUGGAUACUGAUUUAUUUAACUUUUGUACAAGUUGCUUGCUUCUACCUGCAUGUAUGUGACAACGUGUGAAUAACGGGCACGCACUGAAGGUUACAAAAUCAUUGUGUCGGCCUAUCGCGUGCCUGCGUUCGCAUUGAGCCGAUACCGAUCAUUUACCCCGAUCAGAUCCGAUCAUUUACCGUGCCGUGAUCUCGUGUCGACGUCGAUACCCAGCUGCUGAGGACUCGGACGUCAGCUGAGCUCUGUAACCAUGGUAACCAUUUUGGACGGCGGCCUGGCGACCACCCUGCAGGCGGCGGGCCACGAUGUAGAAGGCCACCCGCUGUGGUCCGCCCACCUCCUCAGCACACAGCCGCGGGCCAUCGUGGACGCGCAUGCGCAGUUCAUCGAGGCGGGGGCCGAUGUGGUCAUCACGGCCAGCUAUCAGGCCAGUGUGCAGAACCUGCAGCAGCAUCUCCAACUGUCUGUGGAUGAGGCGAUCUCGCUAAUGAAGGACAGCGUCACCCUGGCGAGGGAGGCCGCUCAGGCCUCUGGCAGAGAGGUGCGUGUGGCGGGCUCGGUGGGUCCGUACGGUGCCUGUCUGGGGGACGGCUCAGAGUACACCGGGAACUACCUGGCCACCAUGGAUCGCACCGCGCUCAAGGAGUGGCACCGUCCGCGCGUGUCGGCUCUGGUGGCCGCCGGCGCCGACCUCCUCGCCGUGGAGACUCUGCCCGGGCCCGCCGAGGCGCUGGCCGUCCUGGAUCUGCUCAGAGAAUACCCUAACACGCCAGCCUGGGUCACGUUCUCCUGUCAGGACAGCCGCCACACCUGUGACGGCUCGGUGUUCUCCGAGGCCGCUGCCGCCGUCUGUGCCGCCCGGCCUGACUCCCUGCUGGCGGUGGGGGUCAACUGCACGGCUCCUGACGCCGCCCUGCAGCUGCUCUCGGGCCUGGACCGGCGCCGCGUGCCGGUGCCCCUGGUGGUGUACCCGAACAGUGGCGAGCUCUGGGUCGACGGCAGGUUCACCGGCGACCGCUGUGCCGAGCUGGCCACCAUGGGACCGCGGUACCGCGACGCUGGCGCCACCUACAUCGGCGGCUGCUGCCGGGUGGGUCCUGAUCAAAUCAGGGGGCUGGGGGACGCUCUGAGGGGGACAGGGGACGGCCGGAAGACGUAGGGAUGAGGGUAGGGAUGGGAAGCAUUAGGGUUUGGAGAAAUGAUACGGUAUAGGGGACGGCAAAUGGUGAUGGAGUCAAUCGUUUUAACUGACAGCUUUGAGGGAAUGAAUAGCGUUUGCGGUUCGGCUAGUGGCGGGACUUGCUGUAUGGGGAAAAGUACCUUAAAUGGGGAAAAGUGCCUUAAAGGCUAUUGAACGCGUGCUGUGCUGAGAAUCUCAUAGUACCGUUUUGGGCGUCUUCCAUGGGUGGGUCUGUGUGUUGUCUGUUCACUGUGUAUGUCGCUCGCAGCCAUUCGAACAAAUACGUUAUUCGACUACGCUUUGUCAGUUCGUUUGAACUGAGGUGCAGAAAUGUGUGGUGUCGUUGUUUGUGCAAUGGGAUGGGAAUUAUGAACAAACUAAUGCUUUACGCAUAUUAUCAUCUCUGACCUGUUAUCUGUUGCAUUGUAAUGGGCUACAGUUACUCAUGUAUGUAAUAUAUUUUGCCAGUA